AUCUGAAGCCUCAAUUCACUUAGUUCAGCCAUUUUAAUCACUGAAUUUUAUCAGCCACUCCUAAGAAAAGCACAAUUCACUGAGACGUCGCCUUACCACACUGACAUGAAACUCAGCUUAGCAAAACGUCUUACUGCCUAGUCUGAUCUGAUGUGUGACAGACAGGAUCAGCUUGACGAGGUGGAAUUCCUUCAGGCAAUGAGCAAGGAUGAUGAAUUUCAAUGGGAUGAAGACAAAAAUACAGGUGUUAUAUCGGGUACGCUGAAAGUGUCACUACAACUAGACCACCAAAUCACACUAAGAUUAGCCAAGAGAGAAAAGUCAUCCAAGGAAAGACCACAAUCUGUCAAGACAGCUCCCAUCAAACCUUUGUUGGAGACACAACGCAGUGAAGAGAGAACCUCUCAGGUUGAGCAUCUCCCUCCAUUUUCACUGUACUUCCAACUACCCACAUUGUAUCCUUCCUCCUCAAAGCCUGACUACUCCCUCACUUGUCAGUGGCUCAAUUUCACUCAAUUGUCGCUAUUGUGCAAGUCUCUGGAUCAAGUGUGGGUUGACAAUAUGGGGAGUGUUGUGCUCUUUAACUGGCAGCAACUGUUAGCAACUGAUGCAUUCUCAGUUCUUGGUAUCGAAUCGACAGUUUGUUUUGAGUUCGAGGACCCACAACCACCCAAUCCUGGCUGGGACCCUCGAGCUAUACAAGAUGUCAGCAACCCCUAUAUGGUUCUUCCUUUUCUCAUUGAGUAUGACGAGAAACAGAAGCUCCUCUUGUUCAACGAGUCCUUCUUUGACUGUACGGUGUGCUAUGUAGCCAAGCAAGGAACAAAGUGUGCUAAGGUCGCUCCCUGCCACCAUGUCUACUGUCAAGAGUGUCUCUCUUCUUACCUGAAAACAAAGAUAGUUGACGGAGACGUUUCCAAAAUUGAGUGCCCGUCGUGUAACACGAUCAUUCAACCGUCUUUGAUAAAGGAGCUUGUUACUGCUGAAGACUACAAUCGAUUUGAUAAACUGCUUCUUCAACGAACAUUAGAAGGCAUGAUGGACGUUACGUACUGCCCCCUGACUACCUGUAGGUGUGCUACAGUGAAAGAGCUAGAUUCAAACAUGGCACAAUGCCCACGAUGUUCAUUCUGUUUCUGUGUUCUCUGUAGACAAACCUGGCACGGUGUGGCUCAUUGCAAACUGUUGCCACAAGAUUUGAAGGAGCUGGUUGAACUAUGGGACACCCUUGAAGAAACUGAAAGGAAGGAGCUAGCCGAACAGUAUGGGGGAAGAAAGAAACUAGAAACAGCCUUCCAAGAGUUCGAGUCCCUAAAAUGGGUUGAUAGCAAUGCCAAAAAGUGCCCCAUUUGUUCAUCUAAUAUCCAGAAGACGGAGGGCUGUAACAAAAUGACAUGUACUCAAUGUCAGAACAAUUUCUGCUGGUUGUGCGAUUCACCACUGCCCAAACACGAUCCGUAUAGCCAUUUUAAGAUAGGGCCUAACAGCAGGUCACAGUGUGUGGGAAAACUGUUUGUAGGAUUAACAAGAUUUGAAUUAGAUGAUUUUUAGCAACGAACGUUAAUAUUAAUAAAAA